UAUCCAAGUAUGCCUGAUAGACUGAUUUUGUUUGAUAAGUUGAUUCUACAUAAUUUGUUACUUUGUCUCUGCCUAUUUGAUAUUGCAGGAGGCUGAACCAUUAGUUAACUAUAUUUGUUCACUGUUCUGGGUUUUGUAACAAGGUAGAAUAUAUGUUUGGGUGUUGUGUGACAUUUGCAGGGGGACGAAGGUUCAAUGACUAGCAAGGCGGUUAUUGAAGGUGUCGUUGAUUCACCAGCAAAUCGAGAAACACGGAAGGAGCCAGACCGUCCAAGUUCUAGCAAAGCUGUUAAACAAGAUCUGCCAAAGGCUUCAAAUACUUUAAAGGUGUUCCAGGCAGCAAGUCCGAAAGUGGCAGUAAGACCGUUGGCAAGCCAGCAGUUGAGUCGAAUUAAAACGGUUAGUAAAUUUUAUGAGUUUAAAAUCUGAUUAAAAUCAUGGCAUCUUCGAUUAGAAAGUUCUUUAAACCAAAAAUCACGUCAACUUCAGCGUCUUAUUCAACUAUUAACUCAAGAGAAAUAAUGACUAAAAUAACAACUUUUAAUCAAGAAAUAUCUAAGAAUCAAUUAUCUCAUAUUAAUCCUGAGAAUAUAUAUCAAAUAGGAACGUUUGAUUUCAAAACAGCUUAUUCAAUAAAAGAACAUGAACAAACUCUAUCUUUACAAAACGAGUUUGAAGAAAUCAAAUUAUUAUCCUCACUAGCUUUGGAAAAAUAUAAACGAAAGGGGUUCAAUUAUAUCCAUUUCGGAUUAAUUCAAAUAGCUAUAAAAUCUUUAUCAAGAACAGGAAUUGAUUCACCAAUCCUUAUGUUAUUAAGAGACAAAACUUUAUUAAAAUUCGAGGACUCACUCCUUGGAGCAGUCCAAUCAAAUCUAUGUAACGGAGCCGUAACUUUAACUGCGCUCCUAAUUUUCAAGUUAGUCUACAUGACCCAACCAUACUCAAUACGCUGACCCCAAAUAUUCACUUACCCGAAAUUAAAUUUCAAAAUGAAAGACAAGGAUAUUUAUUAUUCUAUCGUGUAUAUUUUAAACAAUCAGUUUCAGAAUUUAAUCCAAGAUGUUUACUACAGGAUAAUAAAGGAUAAACAACAAUUCUAGCUGUUCAUAGUAAAAACACGCCAACGGCUACAUACAUACCUAAACAACUAAAAUGGGAUGAAAUAACUAUUCCAGAUCAAUGGAAAAUUGAAAUUACGCAACCUCCUAGAAACUUUGAACAAAAAGAUAUAUAAAAAAAAAUUGAACAAAGAGAUGGAAAAAUAUUGUUACAAUUUGGAUCUUAUAGAGUUCCAUUACCACCUAGAAUAAGUCCUUAUCACUCGAGGGCUUCCUUUUCUGAAUAUCGCACUGGUCAAUCAAGUAUGAACUCAGAAACAGAAAGCAUAAAUCAAAAUAUUAGGCAAGAAGAACCAAUUAAAUUUAAAGCUCCAAUAGCCGAGCCUCAUCAAGAUAUGUAUCCAACUUCACCAACUUUAUCAGACUUUAAAUCAAUAAAUGUUAUAACCAAAACAUAUGAAAUAAACAAACAAUAUAUAAAAGAAGACUUUUAUUCAAAACAAAAUGAAGAAAAAAGGAAAUGGUAUUUUAAUACCUUCCCUAAAAAAGAAACUAUAUUAUAACGAGAAAAUUGGUAUAAUUUUAUGAUAUCCAAAGAAACGGACAUUCCAUUUUUCAAUUGGUUUGAAAGUUAUGCAAACGCCAACAAUAUAAAUUAUGCAUUCAAAUCAAUUAAUAUAAAUUCAACAUUGAGCCAAGUCUGGGAACAAACGGAUGGAAACAAAAUAAGAUCAAUCCAUCCACCUCUGAAGGAUAUAAAAAUAAAUACUGCAAAUAGACAAGUUAUUGCAACCCCGUUUAAGACUGGAGCUAAUAAAGAUGAUAAAGAUUCAAUUCAUAUGCAAGAUAUAAAAUCCAUAUAUCAACAAAACAAUUAUCAAAGCCAGAUAUUACACACAAUAUCUAGACAAAUAGAUGAAAUAGAUAUAAAAAUAAAUAAUAACAAGACUAAUAAACAAGAACAACAUCCCUUGUCAUCCAUAACUCCACCAAUCUUUAAACCAAUGAAUAUGCAAGUAAAAUUACCAAAUAAUCCAAUUUUAACAUCAAUUGCAGUUAAACUAGAUAAACUAGACAAAAGCAAAAAUAUAAAUAUCAUAGAUGAAGAUGAUGAUGAAUCAACUUCAACUACAGUAUCUGAAGACAAACCAAUAAUCAAUCGAAUAAAAAAUAAAUCAACAAAACCAUAUUACAAGAGAAAUACUCCACCAGAUUUAUUAUUUGAAGAACACCAUAAAUAUUCCGCAAACAUGUAUUCUGGAGACGGAAUAUAUGAAUGGAAUAUUGAUGGAAGAUCAGAAUACAAAAUAAUGAAUUUAUUGCAAGAAAUGGGAAUGGCCGCCAUGGCCUAUAAAGCAAAAGGAAAUGAUGAUAAGCAAUCAUGUGUUUUAUUAAUAGUAGGAUUUAAUGGAGCAUUAAGAUACUGGUGGGAUAACUCCCUAGAAUAUGUUACUCGAGAAGCAAUUAUUAAUCAUACUGAUACUAAAACAGUAGAAAAUAAUGAAGGAGAAAUAAAAGAAGUAGAAAUACAAAACGCAGUAGAAGUAUUAAUACAUAUUAUAACUAUGCACUUUAUAGGAAAUCCAAAAGAAGAAUUAGAAAGCAAGAAAAUAAUCUUAACCAAUUUAAGAUGUCCAACAUUAGGAGAUUUUAAAUGGUAUAAAGAUGUAUUUAUAACAAACAUAUUUCAAAGAAAUGAUUGUACUCAAGCCUUCUGGAAAGAAAGAUUUAUAUCAGGAUUACCAACUUAUUUCGCAGAAAGAAUAACAAACAAAUUAAAAGAAUACUCAGGAGGACAGCCAAUCCCUUGGAAUUCAAUAACUUAUGGGCAGUUAUUCGCGUUUAUUAAAAAAGAAGGAUUAUCAAUAUGCCAAGACCACAAAGAUAAAAAGAGAAAUGAAAAAUUCAAAUUUAAAACUAAUAUGGGAUCAUUUUGUGACAAUAUGGAUAUAAUCAGCUCAAUCCCCCAUCAAGAUCUAAAAGAAUUAAAUAUAAAAAUAAUCAAAAUAAUUAUAGGAGACCUUAUCAAUAACAUAAUAAUCACAAAAAAAAAUUUAAUAAAAAAUUUAAUGAUCAAUAUUACUCCAAAAACAGAAAACCUUAUAAACCAAAUGAUAGACAGAAAAUUGUAUGUUGGAACUGUAAAAGACCAGGACAUAAGUCCUCAGAAUGUAAAAUGAAAAAGAAAAUUAAUGAAAUAUUUCAUGACCAACCUGAUAUUCAAGAAAAAUUAAUGAAAUUAUUAAUAUAAGAGUCAGAGUCGUCCGACGAAUCAAAUAGUGAAACCUCAGUAAAUGAGAUUGAUAAUAUAAGUAAUUCUUCAGAAGAAUCACAGAAAUUAUCUGACAACUUAUGCAACUGCAAAUUAAUUAAUGUCAUUACAAAGGACAACGAUAAACAAUUCUUAUUAGAAAUAAUUGAUAAAAUAGACAACCCCGAUAUCAGAAGAGAUUAUUUAAUAAAACUAAAAGAAAUAAUUAGUAGGAAAAAUGAAUUACUGACUCCAGAUACUUUUAGUUUAAACAAGAUGUUUGAAAAAUAUUCAACCCAAAGUUUGUUUAGACAAGUAACAACAGGAGAAUUGCAAGCCGAAGUUAAACAAAUAAAAUGUCAAAUAAAGGAAUUACAAAUGACAAUUAAUCAACAAGAAUUAAACCAAUUUCAUAUGGAUGCAAGAAUAGCAAUAAUGGAAAACAAUUAUAAUAAACCAUACAGUACUGAACUGUCCACAAGUAACCAAAAUACGCCUUUAGACAAACAAAAAGGUAUAAUAAUAAGUGAACCAGAACAAGAUGAAACAAAAUAUAUACAAAUGAUUAAAAAAAUAAAUUAUCAAAAAUGGUCUACAAAAAUUACUUUACAUAUUGAUUACAAUUUCAAAACAAAUGUAAUAGCAUUAAUGGACUCAGGAGCAGACUAUAACUGCAUUCGAGAAGGAACUAUACCAACUAAAUGUUAUGAAAAAACAACUGAACGCUUAAGUGGAGCCAACGGUACCAACUUGAAGGUUCGAUACAAAUUACCAAGCACUAAGAUAUGCAAUCAAGGUUAUUGUUUUAAAAAUCAAUUCAUAUUAGUUAAAAAUUUAUCACAAGAAUUAAUUUUAGGAACUCCGUUUUUUACGCAAAUUAUAUCCAUUUGAAGUAAAUGAGAUAGGAAUAACAACAAAAAUAAUGGGAAUCAAAUUAACAUUCGAAUUUUUGUCUCCUAUGAAAACAAAAGAAAUAUUAAGUUUACAACAAAGUACAAUAGAAACAAUUAACCUAAUCAAAAGUAAACAAAAUCAUAUUCAAUAUCUACAAGAAGAAAUAACUUACAAAAAAAUAGAGGAACAACUCAAAGCACCCUAUACAAUUAGUAAAAUAAAAGAAAUCGAAAGCAAUUUGAUAAAACAAGUAUGUUCUGAAUUACCAAAUGCCUUUUGACAAAGAAAACAACAUAUGGUAGAACUACCAUAUAUAAAAGAAUUCAACGAGAGAAAUAUACCAACCAAAGCAAGACCUAUUCAGAUGAAUAAAGAUUUAUUAGAAACUUGUAAAAAUGAAAUAAAAGAAUUAGUAGAUAAAAAAUUAAUUAGGCCUUCCAAAUCCCCUUGGAGUUGUGCUGCCUUUUACGUGAAUAACCAAGCAGAAAUAGAACGUGGAGUACCACGUUUAGUAAUCAAUUAUAAACCACUAAAUGAUAUAUUACAAUGGAUAAGAUAUCCAAUACCCAAUAAAAGAGAUUAAUUAAAAAGAUUAUACAAUGCAAAAAUCUAUUCAAAAUUUGAUAUGAAAAGUGGAUUCUGGCAAAUUCAAAUUUCAAAAAAGGAUAAAUAUAAAACAGCCUUCAAAGUACCCUUUGGUCAUUACGAAUGAAACAUAAUGCCAUUUGGUCUUAAAAACGCACCAAGUGAAUUUCAAAACAUAAUGAAUAACAUAUUCAAUGAUUAUUCAAAAUUCACAAUCGUUUAUAUAGAUGAUGUUUUAGUAUAUUUAACAUCAAUAGACCAACACAUAAGUCAUAUAAAUACAUUCCUUAGUAUAAUCAAAAAUCACGGAUUAGUUGUAUCCGCAAAGAAAAUGUCCUUAUUCCAAACAAAAAUAAGAUUUUUAGGGCAUACUAUAUAUCAAGGAACUAUUACACCUAUAGCAAGAUCAAUCGAAUUUGCAAAUAAAUUCCCUGACGAAUUAAGGGAAAAAACUCAAUUACAAAGAUUUUUAGGAUGUCUAAACUACGUUUCAGACUUCCUACCAGAUCUAAAAAAAUCUAUUCAACCUUUAUUUCAAAGACUUCAAAAGAAUCCAAAACCUUGGACUAAUCAACAUACUUUACUUGUAAAGCAAGUAAACGAAAAAGUCAAAACACUUCCUUGUUUGACACUCCCAAACCCUGAGGCAGAUAUGAUCGUCGAAACUGACGCAUCAGAAAUAGGAUAUGGAGGAAUACUUAAGCAAAAAUUACCCAAAUCAAAAACAUAAUCAAUAAUCCGAUUUCAUUCAGGAAUCUGGUUAGGACCACAAAAACAUUACUCAACUAUAAAAAAAGAAGUUCUCGCAAUAGUCAAUUGUAUAUCAAAAUUCCAAGACGAUUUAAUUAACAAAAAAUUCUUACUAAGAGUCGAUUGCAAAUCUGCAAAAGAAAUAUUACAAAAGGAUGUAAAGAAUCUUGUGUCCAAACAAAUCUUCGCAAGAUGGCAAGCAAUAUUAUCUGCAUUUGACUUUGAUAUACAAUAUAUUAAAGGAGAAAACAAUUCUUUACCCGAUUUCCUAACAAGGGAAUAUUUACAGGGAAAAUCUAAUCAAGAUGAAUGAACAGAAGAGCAAAAAACCGAUGACAGCAUCAGAUUACGUCAAGAACCAACCACAUCUACAAGGGAAAAUUCUUACACCAAAUCCAUACUCAGCAUUGGCGGAAUAUCCACCACUAUCUUAUGCAAAAGUAGCCGCAGAAGGAUCUACUUCAAAGGCGACUGUCUCAACUACCAAAGAACCCGAAACCUCAACCAAACCAACUUACUACGUCAAACCUCAAAAACAACACCUAAUGACUACUCAAUUCACCAAGCCCAUAACCUUACCCCAACUAAAAACCUUCGUAAACAGGGCCUUCUAUCCAGACUGUCCCUAUCCAACCGACAACAUAACCAAAAACCACACCUUCUAUGAGUUUAUCCUAGUAGACUCUAGAUCAAUUGAGGUAACCCAUUACCCAGAUCCAAAAGACAAAAACAGUAUUGCAUACUCAACCUGCAAAAUCCUAAACAUAUACCAAUCCAAAGACCUUGGAUUCAUCCAUCAUCACUCAACCAAACCUUUUGUUACACCUGGCUUUCAUAUUCAAGGAUACACUUAUACCGAUUAUCAAAACGCCUUUUUCAGGGCAUUCUACCUCAGACCUUAUGACCACUCCUGGUUCUUUAGCUUCGACCAAAGCUGCUCAAAAGCAAUACCCGGAUGGUUUGCAGAAUGGUGGUACUGGUUCGGGCCAUCAGACGCAAUUUACCCAACCAGCCUACUCAAGACUUCCUUCGAGUUCUACAAGAAACAUAUACCCGAUCAACCUAUAGGACCAUUAAACAAGAUAUAUUUCCACAUCGACAUGGGCAUUCCCUGGAUAUGCUCCUGGCAUUUUCAACUGUCCCUGCAUCUUCAAGACAUGCCCUAUUCUCUUCUCAGAGAGUUCAGGGUAAAAUGGUGGGAAAAAUAUAAUCUCGACCGAUGUAGCUACUCCAACAUCCAAAAAUACUUCGACACAAUAAAACAAGCUAAACACGCUGUACAAACAGUUUCGAAGUCAAUUCCCCUGCUCUUACCAAGUCAGCGACCACAACCUACUCCAAAACCAUCAAGUCCCGCUACUUCAACUGCAUAUUCUUCAGAAAUAAAAAAGUCCAAACAAUCAAAAAAAGAAAAACUCGCUCAACUUAUAGAUCAACUAAUGCAUUCAAGUUCAGAUGAAGAAGGAGAAGUUAAACACGAUACACAAGAUCUAUUCGGAGGACCUCUAGCACAGGAUCCCUUCGAAGAAUAAAAAAAAAAAUUUAAUAAUAUGUCUAUAGCUUAAAAUUUUGUUCUAAAAAUAUCAUAGUAGACUCUGUAAAUUAUUUUCUUUUCGAAUUUGUAUAAUAUUUAUACAGAGUAUAUCUGUAUAAUCAUCCAUGACAUCACCAUCAAAAGGGACCCACAUCAAGACUAAUCAAGCACGCCAGACAAGCAUGGGACCCACAUGAAGACUUUGAAGCUACGCGGCAAAAGUCUCCAUCAGUCACCCAAGACCUGACACGUAUUCAACCAAGUGUCGGCACAAUCAGACGACGACACGUAGCAAGCAACCAGUAUGCAAGCCUCGACUAUAAAAACGAAGCCAUCAGGAACAACGAGGGCACGAGCAUUUUCUACGAGAUCUUUCUCACUUUAGAAACGCUCUCCCUUCUCUCUAGAAAUCCCUAAAAGUUUAAGUUUUUAUUAAGCCCCACAACUCUGUAAUCAAAGCUUGUAAUAUCAAGAUCAAUAAAGUAAGUUUUAAUCACAAUCUUGUAAUCAUAAGCCAUCAUAAGCUUGUUAUUAAUUCAAAUUGUUUUAGUUUUUUAUUAUUGUUUUUGAUUUUAUUUAAUAUUUGAAUUAAUAACAAGCUUAUGAUGGCUUAUGAUAACAAGAUUGUGAUUAAAACUUACUUUAUUGAUCUUGAUAUUACAAGCUUUGAUUACAGAGUUGUGGGGCUUAAUAAAAAUUUAAACUUUUAGGGAUUUCUAGAGAGAAGGGAGAGCGUUUUAAGAGUGAGAAAGAUCUCGUAGAAAAUGCUCGUGCCCUCGUUGUUCCUGAUGGCUUUGUUUUUAUAGUCGAGGCUUGCAUACUGGUUGCUUGCUACGUGUCGUCGUCUGAUUGUGCCGACACUUGGUUGAAUACGUGUCAGGUCUUGGGUGACUGAUGGAGACUUUUGCCGCAUAGCUUCAAAGUCUUCAUGUGGGUCUCAUGCUUGUCUGGCGUGCUUGAUUAGUCUUGAUGUGGGUCCCUUUUGAUGGUGUUGUCUUGGAUGAUUAUACAGAUAUACUCCGUAUAAUUAUUUUGUGUCUAAUACAAAAUUAUACAAAAUCGAAAAGAAAAUAAUUUACAGAGUCUACUAUGAUAUUUUUAGAACAAAAUUUUAAGCUAUAGACAUAUUAUUAAUUAUUUUUUUUUUUAGAAAUAUCAUACAUAUAUUAAUAUUAGCAAAAGUGAAAAGAUUCCAAAUAAGAACUUUACACUAUAUUCUUAGUCCCAACUAUACAUUUUUGGUUUAAAGUCCGAAAUAUACAUGUUUAGAGGUCCGUAUUGGUAUUGUUUUUUUUUUCUUUCGGUAAGGGAAAGUUCAUGUUGUGGUAUUAUGGCCUUUGGGUGGCCUUUGCAGGAGCCAGACCGUCCAAGUUCUGGCAAAGCUGUUAAACAAGAUCUGCCAAAGGCUUCAAAUACUUUAAAGGUUUGAUACACUAAACAUACAAUAUUGAGGUUUCAUAUGCUCCCACUUUCUUGCUUUAAAUAUGAAUGUUCAGGUCAAAAUCUAUAUGAGAAGCAUAUUUUAGUUUUUUUGGAACUUAGUCUCGGAAUAAUCGGAUACAUUCUAUAUUCUAACACUCCUCAUCCUCUAUAUUCUCUUCCACGUCUUCAGGUUAUGUUUAUUUUCGUAAAGAACUAGAUACUCAUAUAGAACGUGAGCACUGGAGUUGCUCUAACAAAUACAAAAGUUAGUAAUAAUCAACAAACAUAACUAGAACUGUUAAUGAUAAGAGGCAAGAUUCUGUAGCCAAGCAGACUUUGUUCUCAAUGACUUUGUUUUAAAAUAUUAAUCAAUUAGUAAUUUGCACAAAAAAAUGUGUCAGAAAUAUCAUACAUAUAUUAAUAUUAACAAAAGUGAAAAGAUUCCUAAUUAGAACUUUACACUAAAUUCUUAGUCCCAACUAUACAUUUUUGGUUUAAAGUCCGAAAUAUACAUGUUUAAAGGUCCGUAUUGGUAUUUUUUUUUUCUUUCGAUAAGGGAAAGUUCAUGUUGUGGUAUUAUGGCCUUUGGGCUUUGGGUGACCUUUGCAGGAGCCAGACCGUCCAAGUUCUAGCAAAUCUGUUAAACAAGAUUUGCCAAAGGCUUCAAAUACUUUAAAGGUUUGAUACACUAAACAUACAAUAUUGAGGUUUCAUAUGCUCCCACUUUCUUGCUUUAAAUAUGAAUGUUCAGGUCAAAAUCUAUAUGAGAAGCAUAUUUUAGUUUUUUGGAACUUAGUCUCGGCAUAAUCGUUAUUGCAGCUUAAACCAUUGAUCAAAUAAAUGUGAAGUUUUUAAGAUCUUAACCUCGUCUAUAUUUGUUCAAAAGACCAUGAUAUUAUUGACAUUUGCAGGGGACAGAUGAUCCAAGCACUAAUAUAGCGAUUAUUCCAGCUACAAAUAAAAAAACACUAAAGGUC